AUGAGCAACUUAAUAAGUUUGGAAUUUUUGGAUCUAUCUGGUAACAAUCUGUCCGGAGACAUUCCCAAGUCCUUAGAAAAACUCAGAUAUCUUCAAUAUUUGAAUGUGUCCUUCAAUAGAUUGCAAGGAGAAAUUCCUACAGGAGGUUGUUUCAAUAACUUUACAGCUCAGUCAUUUAUGUAUAAUGAUGUACUCUGUGGUGUAUCUAGACUACAAGUCCCGCUUUGCAAAACCAACGCGCUCCAACGAUCAAAGUCAAAAAUUGUGCCUAUAUUGAAAUACAUUUUACCCACUAUAGUAGCAUCAACAAUCCUUGUGCUGGCCCUUCUAUAUGUGUUGAUAAGGCGCGAGAAAGAUAAUUCCAGAUUACUUAACCAAGUUGAUUCAAUGCCUCUUGCAUGGAGAAGGAUUUCAUACCAUCAGCUUCUGCAAACAAGAAAUUCAUUUAAUGAAACGAACCUACUUGGUAAGGGGAGUUUUGGUUCUAUUUAUGGUGGAACACUUUCAGAUGGGACAAAUAUUGCAGUAAAGGUUUUUAAUUUGCAAUCAGAAGCAGUAUUCAGGAGUUUUGAUGUCGAAUGUGAGGUAAUGCGUAAUAUUCACCAUCGAAACCUUACUCAAUCAUCCACAGCUGCACGAACAUGGAUUUCAAAGCCUUGCCUUGGAAUAUCUACAUCAUGGUCUUUCAACUCCCAUUCUUCACACUAUGAUUUGAAGCCUAGCAAUGUCCUGCUCGAUGAAAAUAUGAUUGCGCAUAUUGCUGAUUUCGGUAUUGCCAAACUCUUGGGUGAUGGGGAUUUUAUGGCACAAACCAGGACUUUGGCAACAAUUGGUUAUAUGGCACCAGAGUAUGGGACUGAAGGAAUAGUAUCUACAAAAGGCAAUGUCUACAAUUAUGGUAUCAUGUUGAUGGAAGUAUUCACAAGGAAAAAACCAACAGAUGACAUGUUUGCUGGAGAGAUGAGCUUGAAGCAUUGGGUGAAGGAAGCAUUAGAUGAUUCUCCAUUCACAGUUUUGGACGCCAAUUUGAUAGGAAGAGAGGACAAACAUUACCUUGUGAAGGAGCAAUGUAUAUCAUCAGUCUUGAGUUUGGCCACGGAUUGUUCAAAUGAUUCACCUGAGAAAAGGAUCAACAUGAAUGAUGCCUUGAUUGUACUUAAGAAAAUUAAAACCACAUUUGUAGCAAACAGUGGAUACGCUUGA